GUUAGGGUUACGUCGGAGACGCCAGCGCAGAAGCCAUCACUGGAGGAGGAGAAAGGCAAGGAACGCGACGACAGACCGGGGCAGCAGCGUCAUUUGCCGGCAAUGAAUCGCGGUCGAAAGAUGGAGACGAGCGAGUACGACCAAGCACUUACUCUGGGUGCUGCGUCAAGCGAUCCCGGAGCUUGGCGCAGAGGUUGAUAGAGUGGACGGAAGGACCUGACCGGGUUAGAGCAGGGGCGAGGGCGUUGUGGCGCGCGCGCGAUCUCGAUGCAUGAUCGCCGCGACUCUGGUUGGCAUCC